AUGCCUAUCGAGACAAAGAGUUUAGACGACAUCAAUGGCGUGGAUGCGAGUCCUACUCCGCCAGUCAAGGCUUCGAUACCGAAUGUAAAGGUGACGGUUGAGAGGAGACCCUUCCUCCAGCCAGACGACCACCAGAGGUUACCUCAUACCGGAACUUCCCGAGUCAACGUCGCAGCUACUUACGAAAAGCCCUAUGGAACGACGGAAGACGAAUGGGCCAAGCGCCACCAAGAUAAGACGGUGCUCCAACAGCACUGCGAGUUCUUCGACUUUGACCACGAUGGUGUGAUAUGGCCACAAGACACAUUCUGGGGCUUCCACAGCGUUGGCUUCGGUAUUAUUCUCUCACUCGUCGCCGUCUUUAUCAUCCACGCCAAUUUCUCCUACCCGACACUAUCGGGCUGGCUGCCAGACCCGUUCUUCCGGGGCCGCUUCUCACCUCAGCACUUCGAGGAUAUGUUCGCCAAGUAUGGAGAGGGUCGUGAUUAUCUGACUAUCUGGGACGUCUUCGAUUUGCUCAAAGGUCAGCGGGUUAUCGCGGACCCGAUAGGUUGGUUUGGAGCUUUCUUCGAAUGGCUCGCGACAUACCUAAUGCUCUGGCCGGCGGAUGGAAAGAUGACGAAGGAGGAUAUCCGGGGUAUCUAUGACGGUAGCAUAUUUUACAAAAUUGCCAACAGGCGGGCAGCGAAGAAAUAA